UGCUGUUACAAGCUUUCGGAAUCUAUAAUGUUUAUUUCCACUAGAUGGCGCUUGUGUACUUCAACACUCAUUUAUUUCAGUAACUUUUUGAUCAGUCUAAUCUGUAUAUUUUUAUAUUUCGACUAUUUUAUAAUGCUUAUUGUGAUUUAUAUACUCAACUGUUGUAUAUUUGAGGAAUAUUUAUUCUUUCUAAGAGUUUUCUUUGGUUAUAUUUAAUUUUGCUCCCAUCGUGCCUUUGUAUGUCACUUCCUGUUUUGUCACGGAGAACGAGUCAGAACUGCGGUCCGAGUUUCACAGAGCAAUUCUGCUGAUCAUAUUGAAUGAUGUAAUCAUUGCAAAGUUUAAAGUAUUUCUAUUUAGAAGUCAUCCGAUAAAGAAGCUUCAAGAUAACCCCCUCUCUUAGCUCAUAAGCAGGCAAAAGUGUUCUACGGUGUUGGUGUUGGAGUCUAAGUCCAGAACACAUUAAACAUCAGUUAAGGAACCUCAGCCUUCGCGGGCAUAGUAGAACACUUUCUGCGUCGGUGAAGGCCAACUGCAUCAGAUCGUAAAGCUGCACGAGGAAAUCGGCCAUCAAGAGGUGCCACAUGUUGAAUGAGGGAAGUACAACAUGAAAAGAUUGCAAUUGACUUGACUGAAGCAAGCAAAGGCUGAACAAGCAAGCACUUUUGAAGUUAGUGACUUGGAAGCAGCGCAAGGUCUUGUGAACUGUCACUGAAGUUUCAAUUGCUCUGGUAUUUCCAUCAUUCCCAUUCUAAGAUAAAGUUGGACAUUUUUCUAUUAUCGUUUGACUUAUUAAGAAACUAAAAGGGACUAAACAGAUAAACAAUUUUGCUACUAUUAAAUAAGACUAAAGUUUGAAUUUUCUGUUGUAUUCAAGUAUUUGUGUAUACUUCAUCAUUUAAGCGUGUUGAUAUUCACAUUUUUUUUUUUUUUACAAGUUGAAUUCAUAGACUACUUCUUGACAGUUCUGUAGCUUGUUAUCAUUUACAUGAUUGGAUCACAUAAGUGUAGCUGAGAUAACCGCUUUACACUAAACUUUAGAUUGCUCUUUGAAUAUUCACAUUAUAGUGCAACACAGGUUUAGCAUGUCAAACACAAGUGAAAAUACAUUGCUGGCUACUAAAGAAGUUAGCUAUACAACCCCUACUGCACAAGACGUAGACAAUGCAGAGCAGGUCAUUCCAUCAGAGCAGGCUGAUAUAACUGAACAAGUUGAAGUGGCUGCACAAGUACAACAACCUCAGGUGGACAUAGAUAAUACACAGCUCUCAGAUAUUAGAAGAAGCCAGCGAGCACGCACGCUUACCGAGAAGGGUAAAACGCUGCAAGACGCUAGACUAAAUGAUCUGAAAAGAAGCUUUGAGCAGAAGUAUAGAAGGUGGAAGUAUCACAUCAAUGGUUUGAAAAGAGCCAUUAAGAACAAUGAUGAUGCAGAAUUGAUUUGUGAAGUUGUGAGCACCAUUAAUGCCACUCAGUCUGAGGUCGACCAUAUUUAUGGUGAUAUAAGAAGCAUCACAAGCCCUGAACCUGAAAUUCGGAGGAAAAAUGACACUUGCCUUGCCAUUACUAGCACUGCAAAUGAGAAGUCUCAAAGAUUCCUCAACGGUGAUCCUAAGGACAUUCCCUGGCCUGAUUCAUAUUCAGUGUUUGAAGCCACUGUGUCCAGCAUCAUCUCAGCAACCUCCAGUAAGUCAAAGUCUGUUUCCAAGAUGUCCAGUAAAUCUUACAGUGAUUCUCUGCAGAAAAGACAAGAAGCGGCGGCUGAAGUAGCGGCUACUCAAGAAGUGAUUAAAAUAAUGAAGACACAACAUCAGCAUGAAGAGGAAAUUAGGAAACUGGAGGCAGAGGAUGAAAGGUUAGCAGCAGAAAGAGAAGCUCAAGAAAGGGAAACCGAAGCGGAGAAUGCAAGGAAAAGGGCUCAAUUUAUUUCAGAAAGCACUGUUAGAAAAAUAAAGCUGGAAGAAAAGAAAAAAGAAGUGGAACGGUUGGAGGAACUAAAAAGACAUAACGCAGCACAAGCAAGGCUGCAAGUUUAUGCUGAAAGCAUCAAAGGUGAUGAGGGAGAACAGCGUUCUGCUCCUCUUCUUCAACAAAGGCAAGAACAUUAUGUUUUUCAACCAAGCGUUCCUUUUUCUCUCUCUCAGCCAUUUACGCUCGCUCAAGACACUGCUCCUUUCAACCAACCCUCUUGUUCUUCUCAAAGGUUACCCCAAGCUCAUAUCUCUCAGUCACCUACAUGGCCUGCUCCCAACGAAGCUUCUAAUGAUCUUGUGAAGGCACUGGCUGAAGCGAUUACAGCCAAUAGGAUUCCAAUUACAGAACCUGUUGUUUUUUCUGGAGAUCCCCUGAAGUAUAAUGACUGGAAGCUGUCCUUCCAGACGUUAAUUGAUCGCAAGAACUUGCCAUCACAAGAAAAGCUAUUCUUUCUACGCAAGUAUGUAGGUGGUCCUGCCAAGAGAGCGAUUGAAGGACAUUUUGUGGCUGGAACAGAAAUGGCUUACACGGCAGCCUGGAACAUCCUUGAUGACCGGUUCGGCAAUCCGUUCGUAGUUGGCAAAUCUUACCGUGACAAAAUACAGUCUUGGCACAAGAUUGCUACCAAAGACAGCAAAGACCUCCAGGAAUUUGUAGAUUUCCUAAGCAGUGUUGAAUCAGCAAUGCCUUAUGUACAAGGUUUACAAGCUCUGAAUGACUGUGUUGAAAAUCAAAGAAUAUUAGCCAAAUUGCCAGACUGGUUGAGUUCACGUUGGAAUAGAGCAGUCACCAAGUUUCAAGACGAAUACAAAGGAUUCCCAGAUUUCAAAUACUUUGUUGAAUUUCUUAACAAGGAAGCUAGAAUCGCAUGCAAUCCUAUCACCUCACUGCAAGCGAUAAAGCCAGCAGAGCAAGAAAGGUUCAAGCAAUCAGAUCAAGAUCAUUAUAAGUUUCAGAGGAAUCGCAACUCAAGUGCAAAGACAUUCUCCACUAGUUCCAGUGAAAGGACUAGCCUUAUGUGUGUCUUUUGUAAGAGAUUAGGCCACACUCUCCAUAAGUGUCGCAAAUUUAUGGAAAGACCAAUUGAGGAAAGAUUGAAGUUUGUACAGUCUGAGAAGUUGUGCUUUGGCUGUCUUAAGACUGGUCAUAACUCCAGAAGCUGCACCUCUAGGAGUGUGUGUGAAAAAUGUGAGAAGUGUCACCCAACAAGCCUACACCAGGACCGUGUAAAUAAAUACCCAGGACAAAGCUCUAGAAUCAGUCAAGAUCAGUUAAAGGUCAAUCACGGAUCUGCAGAUAGAACAGCCGAAUCACAGAAGGUACAAGAGUCUAAGCCUGUGACUUCAAACAGAGUAGUUCAAGAAAGGAACGGCACUCAUACGUCAUCAAUCAUUCCAGUAUAUGUCUCAACAACAGAUGAACCAAGGAAGGAGAUUUUAGUGUAUGCCUUGCUUGAUACUCAGAGCGACACUACUUUCAUUUUAAAGGACACAGCUGAGACACUUGAUAUCAAGAAAGAGCCUGUCAAACUCAAGAUUUCCACCAUAACAUCCAAAACGAAGGUGUUGUCCAGUCACAAAUUGAAUGGUCUACAAGUAAGAGGCAUUCAGUCUGAAGUUAAAAUCAAACUUCCAACAACUUAUACUAGAGACUACAUACCUGCAAAUAGAUCUCAUAUACCCACAUGUGAAACCGCCAAAGAAUUGGCCUCAUCUAGAACAUCUGGCAGAUGAAAUGGCUCCUGCACUUGACUGUGAA